AAGAGAGAGUAAAGGGAGAGAGUAAACGAAACCCUAAACUUCUUUUUCUUUUUUUCGUUAGCUCUCAUGGCGUCUCGUAAGAACUGUGAGCUCUUCUUGGUAGCUUCUCUGACUCUAACUUUGGUUCUGAUUAACCUGGUGGAGGCAAACCCAGAUGGUGAUGCUCUAUACGCUCUUCGACAGAGCUUGUCGGAUCCAGACCAUGUGCUCGAGAGCUGGGAUCCGAAUCUUGUUACUCCUUGCACUUGGUUCCAUGUCUCCUGUAACCAAGACCAACGCGUCACUCGUGUGGAUUUGGGUAAUUCAAACCUUUCAGGACAUAUUGCACCUGAGCUUGGGAAUCUGGAACAGUUACAGUUUUUGGAGCUCUACAAAAACAACAUCCAAGGAACUAUACCUUCUGAACUUGGAAAUCUGAAAAAUCUCAUCAGCUUCGAUCUGUACAACAACAAUCUUACCGGGAAUAUUCCUACUUCUUUGGUGAAAUUGACGUCACUGGUCUUUUUCCGGGUCAAUGACAACCGAUUGACUGGCUCAGUCCCUACAGAACUUAGGAAAAUUCCAAGCAUUAAAGUCUUUGAUGUGAGGAACAAUGAUUUGUGUGGACCUAUCCCAACAGAAGGACCUUUUGAAUAUAUUCCUUUGGAGAACUUUGAGAACAACCCGCGAUUGGAGGGACCAGAAUUACUCGGUCUUGCAAGCUACGACACCAACUGCAACUGAGACAACUUUUUAAAAAAUGGGGGGUGGAUCUUGUAAUAACAUUUCACCACCUUUAUCAAAUAUCAACAUCUAUUAUGUAAUAAGUAUAUAUAUGUCAGUAGUUGAAAAAAAACAAAGAACAAAAAAAAAAAGUCAAUCAGUAAAUUGAGACUGACCUAUCAAAGACUUGGGGAAUGUGUAUGGAAAACAUUGCUACUGAGAAGUAUCAUCGGUACUGGUAGCAAGUUCUGCGUGUAAGAUCUGUCAUUCUAAGCAAAAAAUAUUGAUUUAUGUGUGUU